GAUAUUUCCUCAUGGAAACGUGAUGUCGUAGCGUAGCAAAGCAACAACAGCUUCGUCGUUACUAAACAACAUAAAACGAUACGAAUUACUGUGGCCUUUUCUUCGUAAAAUAAUUAACAGUUUAUAAACGAAUAUUCAAAAAUAAUGACGAAAAAGGAGGAUCAAUUUGAUGGAAUGUUGUUGGCAUUGGCGCAACAACAUGAAGGCGGUGUGAAAGACUUAUUAGAUACCUUCUUCAGUUUCCUGGCGAGAAAAACAGACUUUUAUACUGGAGGCGGUGAAGGGGCAGCUGAACAACUUGUCAUGAGCAAGUUCAAGAAACACGAAGCUAACGCUUUAGCUAAAGCUGCCUCUGAUAAAGCGGAAAGAGCUGAGCAAGAAAGACGACGUAAGGAGAGACUUGAAAAGAAAAGAAAAGAGGAACAAGCAGAAGAAGAACAAAUAAAUAACGAUUCUAGAAUAGUUGAACUAACUGAUGAACAGGCUGUUAAAUUACAAGAAGAAAUAGAUAACAAGAAAUUAGCAAAGGACAUUGCUGUUGCGGGACCUAGUGGCGAUCAUAAUGAACAUUCUAAAGAUGUCGAAGAGAAGAAUGAUGAUUCUAAAGAUGACAAUGCAGAUGCAGAAGAAGAAGAUGAAAAAGAGAAAAAUAAACUGAAGCCUAACAGCGGUAAUGGUGCAGACAUGCCGAAUUACAGAUGGACACAAACUCUUGGAGAAGUGGAACUUAGAGUUCCACUAAAGGUAAAUUUCUCGGCCAGGCCAAGGGACGUGGUUGUGACGAUAACGAAAAAACAGUUAAGCUGCGGACUUAAGGGCCAUCCACCAAUUCUUGCCGGGGAUUUCCCGCACGAGGUCAAACUCGAGGAAUCCACUUGGGUAAUCGAGGACGGGAAAGUGUUGUUGAUUAAUCUGGAAAAGGUGAAUAAGAUGCAAUGGUGGGCUCAUGUAAUAACGAGCGAGCCAGAAAUCAGUACGAAGAAAGUAAAUCCCGAACCUAGCAAGCUUUCUGACCUCGAUGGAGAGACACGAGGCCUCGUAGAAAAAAUGAUGUAUGACCAGAGGCAGAAGGAGUUAGGACUUCCAACAUCCGAUGAGCAAAAGAAACAGGAUGUUAUAAAAAAAUUCAUGCAACAACAUCCUGAAAUGGACUUUUCAAAAUGUAAAUUUAAUUAAUCAUAUUUGUUCAAUCCAUUGAAAUGCUUAAUGAUAUUCUAAUAUUACAUUGAUACUAGUAAGAUCGUAUUUUGCUUUUUAUUAUCACAAUGCAAUGUGCGAUUUUCUGCAAUCAUGGCUUCGUAUGUUUAAAAAAAGAAGCAUGUACGAUACUCUUCUACGCUUGCAGAAGAUGGCACCACUAUAUCAGGCUAUAUAAUAGUAUAUACAGAAUCUAUCGAUUAAAAUGUUCUUUAAUUAUUUUUUUAUGCUCUCCGUCGUUUUUUGUAUUUUAUUGAUCUAUAGUUUCAAAGGAAACAAACCGCACAGAUUGUGUUUUUAAUUUUUAUAUUACAUUUUUCAUCUCUACCGACCUUGCUGAUAGAAAGAGGACGGGUUAGAAUUGUAUGAACAUGAUGCAAUAAAUAAAAAUUAUGUAAACGUUUCUUUUUUUCCAAAUUUUCAACAAUAUUAAUUAUAUUUAAUUAUAUAUAAAUAUUUGGUUUAAAGGUAAGUAACGAAUAAAUAAAGAAAACUUAAAUAUA